UUCGUUAUGAAUUUUUACACCAAAUGCCUAAAAAGCAGACAAGUGUUGCUGUCGUUGGUGUGCAUCUUCCUUCCUAAAGAUAAGCAGGUGUAUACAUGAUGAUGAUGUGGCACCUCCUUUGGCCUUCUGUCCUCCUGGGAGUGUUUUUCAACAUUUGUCCAACAUGCCCUCUGGAAAUCCAGAAGGAAAGGAAACACUACUACGUCGCCAGGGGGUCAAGUGUCCAGCUACCUUGUGCGUACAGUCACACCCUGGACUCUAAGCAGUACACGGAGGUCUCGUGGAGUAUCGUGUCUGCAGACCGAGAGGAGCAACCCAUUAUUUGGUUUACAGGCGGCCGCUUGUAUUCCGAUUUGUACAAACCAAUGGAGGGGAGGGUCCAAUUCACAUCAGCCGAUCCCCAAAAUGGAGACGCGUCUAUCAACAUCAAAGAUGUACGUCCGUCAGACACGGAGAUGUACCGGUGUCUGGUGAAGAAGUUACCAGAACUGGACAAGAAGAUCUUAGACCUGACAGUCAUGGAGGCACCCAGUCAGCCUCUGUGCAGUGUGGACGAAGAAGACAACAGUAUGACGCUGAAAUGCAGCUCUCUGCAAGGCACCCCACCUUUGCAUUACAUCUGGUCCAAGACCAGUGGAAAUAAGGUCUUGCCUCCUCAGGCCACUGUGGACCCCACAGGAGCCACCUUGCAUUUCAACAUCACCGAGCGGGAGUGUGGAAGCUAUCGCUGCACGGUGGAAAUCCACGAUUGCUGA